AUGGAUCAUUUCCAAUACAAGCCGCUUGAUCCUAACGGCAACCACAUACGUCUACUACGCUUUUCAGACGAACUCGGCUACGCUCUUGACAGCUUUGACCUCAAUCAGUGUCCUCCAUACGAGGCUUUGUCGUACACAUGGGGACCUCCACUUCCAACAAGUACUAUCACCGUGAACGAAAAACCGUUUGAGAUUCGGGAAAAUCUGUCGGACUUCCUUGAUCGUAUCCGAAUUGGCAUCACUCUCCUCGAUAAGCAUGACUGUCCUCUACUGCAUCCAAAGUAUCUAUGGAUAGACCAGCUGUGCAUCAACCAGGCAUCCGAGGAAGAGAAAUCGCACCAAGUCAGUCGCAUGGCCGGGAUUUAUAAACAGGCGCAGCGUGUUAUUGUGUGGCUAGGUCGCGGUGACGAGCACAGU